GAGGCAGAAAAUGGAAACCGUGGACAAAUGGAACAAAUGCCUAAUAUCACCUAAGUUGUUGGAUAGAAAAGUAUUUCCCAAACAGAAUGGCAAGACAGGUACUUAUUCUUCAUGGGUUGCACUUGUAGUAAUGUACACAUAAAACAAUGUUGGUUAGCUAGUCAUUGUGUAUGAAUGAAUGGUAAAUGACAGACAGAACUGAAAAGAUAAAUGCUAUUUCAUUCACAGGCAUGAUUGCUAAGCAUCUUCACAACACAUUCAGACUUCAACAUAGUUUGCAGAUACAGUCCAUCACUCGCUCAGAAUGUGCCACUGGUAAGAAAACAUUUGACCUAAAACCUUUUGCCCUUUUUUUAUCCUGGUAAUAUUUCAAUGUUGACUCCUUUUUCAGCACUGCAUCAUAAAUGUUGGGUUUUUGAUAACAAUCUGUUUUAGCACUAUGCAUUAGCUACAGCACAUCCAGAGGGUUCAUUCUUAUCAUAACUAAUCACAUUGUGACAAAGGUAAAUAUUGACACAUCCCUUGUCCUUUGUCAAUCAGGGAUAUCUCAGUGUUAAUGUUUAGCCCCUUAGCAAGCAACAAUUGGUCUAAUAUAAAAGGCUCCAUCGUCUAGUACAGGGUUUCCCAAACUCGGUCGUACCCCCUGUAGACGUUUUGUUUUUUGCCAUAGCACUACACAGCUGAUUCAAAUAAUCAAAGCUUGAUGAUGAGUUGGUUAUUUGAAUCAGCAGUGUAGUGCUCGGGCAAAAACCAAAACGUGCACCCGGGGGUGGGGUGCCAGGACCAGGACCUAGUUUGGGCAACCCUGUACUAGUAGAACAGAAAUGGCAAUGUUCACGGAGUGGUUAAGCUAUUAAUAAAAUCACAGUUGUGGCACUGUGACUAUCCCUUUGCUUGUAAGAUCCACUAUGCUGCUGAGGCCUUUCUCGUAGUUUUCAAGAAACAUUAGAACUGUGCAAAGUUACAGAACUUGGCAAGGCCUAAACUCUGGAUGUUUUCCUCCCUGUAUAUGUAAUUCAGGCUCCUGUCCAAAUUUGAUGAUGAGUAGGAAUGAGCGCCACGAGCCUCGGCCUGUCCCCGUUGCCCUCACCCCCCAGCUGGCCCCAAGGGCCCACCGGCCCCUCUGCCUUUCUGUCUCCUCAGAUAGCAAUGGCCGCUUCAAAGCUCUGGAGACCCAAGAGUGGAAGAACAAUCUCAAAGCCCAGGUAUGUCUGUCUACUAGGCCUAUUCUGGUAGGUUUCCCCAUCAGUAACUACUGUUAGCCAUGUGGGUGGCUACUAGGCCAAUACAUACUGGUGGUUUUCCCCUUCAGUGACUACUGUUAGCUAUGGGGGUGGCUGUAGUACUUGAAUUGUAAUCCAGGCUCUGUCGUAGUCGGCCGCGACCGGGAGACCCAUGGGGCGGCGCACAAUUGGCCCAGCGUCGUCCAGGGUAGGGGAGGGAAUGGCCGGCAGGGAUGUAGCUCAGUUGGUAGAGCAUGGCGUUUGCAACGCCAGGGUUGUGGGUUCGAUUCCCACAGGGGGACUGUAUGAAAAAAAUAAAAUAAUGUAUGCACUCACUUAACUGUAACUCGCUCUGGAUAAGAGCGUCUGCUAAAUGACUAAAAUGUAAAUGUAAAUUGUAACCAGGGGUUGGAACUGAAAAUCUUCUCCCAGAACCACCAUUUUUUUUGUUCCGUUCCACUGUUCCUGACCAGCAAAAAAAGUUCUGAACCGGUUCGAACACCAAAAGAUAAACGGUUUAUAUCGUUCCUUUCUGUUCCUUUUUAAAUCUCUGAAAUCAAAUGACUUCACCAAUGGAUAGAGCAGCUUGCUAUGGAGCUGGCAAGCUAUGUACAUGCAUUGGACAGACAAGUGUAGCAAAGGGUGCGACAUGCGACUGACAUUGGAAUUUCUUUGAACUUCAGAGAGUUGGCUUAACUAACGUUGGACCAGAGCUAGCCCUUGAUCAUUAGUUUUUUGAGAGCUAGACCAGAGCUAGCUAAAAAGCUAGCUACAGAUUAUUCGGAAAGUAUUCAGACCCCUUGACUUUUUCCACAUUUUGUUACGUUACAGCCUUAUUCUGAAAAUGAGUAAAUUGUUUUUUUCUCUCAUCAAUAUACACACAAUAACCCAGAAUGACAAAGCAAAAACAGGUUUGUAGAAUAUUUGUCACUUUUUAUUUUAUUUUUAAAUAUCAUAUUUACAUAAGUAUUCAGACCCUUUACUCAGUACUUUCUUGAAGCACCUUUGGCAGCGAAUACAGCCUUGAGUCUUCUUGGUUAUGACGCUACAAGGUUGGCACACUUGUAUUUGGGGAGUUUCUCCCAUUCUUCUCUGCAGCCUCUCAAGCUCUGUCAGGUUGGAUGGGGAGCGUCGCUGCACAGCUAUUUUCAGGUCUCUCCAGAGAUGUUAGAUCGGGUUCAAGUCCGGGCUCUGGCUUGGCCACUCAAGGACAUUCAGAGACUUGUCCCAAAGCCACUCCUGCGUUGUCUUGGCUCUGUGCUUAGUCAUUGUCCUGGUAGAAGGUGAACCUUCGCCCCAGUCUGAGGUCCUGAGCGCUCUGAAGCAGGUUUUCAUCAAGGAUCUCUCUGUACUUUGCUCCGUUCAUCUUUCCCUCUAUCCUGAUUAGUCUCCCAGUCCCUGCCGCUGAAAAACAUCCCCACAGCAUGAUGCUGCCACCACCAUGCUUCACCGUAGGGAUGGUGCCAGGUUUCCUCCAGACGUGACGCUUGGCAUUCAGGCCUAAUAGUUCAAUCUUGGUUUCAUCAGACCAGAGGUGCCUUUUGGCAAACUCAGAGCGAGCUGUCAUGUGCCUUUUACUGAGGAGUGGCUUUGUCUGACCACUCUACCAUAAAGGCCUUAUUGGUGGAGUGCUGCAGAGAUGGUUGUCCUUCUGGAAGGUUCUCCCAUCUCCACAGAGGAACUCUGGAGCUCUGUCAGAGUGACCAUCGGGUUCUUGGUCAUCUCCCUGACCAAAGCCCUUCUCCCCCGAUUGCUCAGUUUGGCCGGGAGGCCAGCUCUAGGAAGUCUUGGUGGUUCCAAACUUCUUCCAUUUAAGAAUGAUGGAGGCCACUGUUCUUGGGGACCUUCAAUACUGCAGUCAUUUUUUGGUACCCUUCCCCAGAUCUUUGCCUCGAAACAAUCCUGUCUCGGAGCGCUAUGGAUAAUUCCUUCGACCUCAUGGCUUGGUUUUUGCUCUGACAUGCACUGUCAACUGUGGGACCUUUAUAUAGACCGGUGUGUGCCUUUCCAGAUCAUAUCUAAUCAAUUGAAUUUACCACUAAUCAAUUGAAUUUACCACAGGUGGACUCCAAUCAAGUUGUAGAAACAUCUCAAGCAUGAUCAAUGGAAACAGGAUGCACUUGAGCUCAAUUUUGAGUCUCAUAGAAAAUGGUCUGAAUACUUAUGUAAAUAAGGUCUUAUUUUAUUUAUUUUGUAUACAUUUGCGUAAAUUUCUAAUAACAUGUUUUCGCUUCGUCAUUAUGGGGUAUUGUGUGUAGUUUGAUGAGGAUUUUUAAUCAAUUUUAGAACAAGGAUGUAAUGUAACAAAAUGUGGAAAAUGUCAAGGGUUCUGAAUACUUUCCGAAUGCACUGUAGCUAACAAGCUUGUGUGUGCAGAGCGGCACCAGAAUUUAAAUAAAAACACGUCUUACCUUUUUGUAACUAAUAAAUCCAGUGUGAAACAUAAAAUCUAUAGUAUCCUUAACUAGCAUAAAAAAAUUAUCCAUUGUUCUGUAAUUACACUGAACAAAAAUAUAAACGCAACAUGUAAGUCCCAUGUUUCAUGGGAAAUAAAUAGCUGAAAUAAACAAACCCAUACAUUUUCCAUACACACAAAAAAGCUUAUUUAUCUGAACUUUUGUGCAGGUUUUUUUUACAUCCCUGUUAGUGAGCAUUUCUCCUUUGCCAAGGUUAAUCCAUCCACCUGACAGGUGUGGCAUAUCAAGAAGCUGAUUAAACAGCAUGAUCAUUACACAGGUGCACCCUGUGCUGGGGACAAUAAAAGACCACUCUAAAAUGUGCAGUUUUGCCACAGAUUUCUAUGUUUUGAGGGAGUGUGUAAUUGGCAUGCACAAGUGUCGUAUCUUAUGGUAUUCUACUUCAGUAUGCUGUGUGUGUGUCUGCCUGCAGAUGGAGCAGGCCCACAGUGCAGGAUCAGCCAGCAGCACAGGCUCUUUGGAGAGGGCCUCUUUGUUUUGUGCCUCUGGUUCCACCACGGCCUCCAGCUCUGGCUUGUCCAGCCCCGUGGAGAACCUCACCAAGAGCAAGUCCUCCAGCCGCUUCUCCCUCUUCUCCCCUCCCUGGAACAGCAGCUCAGAGUCCGACUCCAACCCCCCCUCCCGCUCCGGCUCCAAGAAGCUGCGUAACUACAGCAUGAGGGCGGCCACAGGUCCGGCCGGGGUGGGGGCAGGGGGCAGGGCGGGUCCACCAGAAACCCCAGACACGCCCAAACAGAACAUCCCGGAACACUUCCAGUACUCUGAGCCCGUCAUCUCCAAGGUGACGGACUACAUCUUUGUGGGCAACCUGAACGCGGCGUACAACGGGCGCACGCUGUGCCGCAACAACAUCGACAGCAUCAUCGACAUGAGCAGCCUGCCGGGGGACCCCGGCCCCAGCCUCAGCCUUAUCCCCUGCACCUGCUCCCGAGGCGCCCGCCACAGCUGGUCCCGCCUCAAGGUGGACAUUUGCGAUGUACCAGACGCGCUGGGCGAGGGAAGCCCUGCCCUGAAGCAGCGCUGCUUUGAGGACAUCAACGAGUGCAUCGAGGCUUCCACGGAAAAAAGGAAACGCGUGCUGGUCCACUGCCGUGACGGGUACUCCCUGGCUCCGACCUGUAUCAUCCAGUACCUCAUGGUGAAGCAGAAUAUGCGGCUGAUCUCGGCCUACGAGCUGCUGAGGGCCAAGUACCCCGUCAACAUCAGGGAGUGUCACCAGAACGUGCUGGUGAGCCUGGAGAGAGCUCUGCGGCCUGGAGGCAACGUGGACCCAGAGUGCUUCAAGCAGGCCAUCUCAAGGAAAGUGGCCUGGACA